AUGCCUGGGUUGGACGGGGCAGUCGCGAGGAGAUGUUGUACGCUCCAUCUCGUCUGCUCGCCAACGAAAAUCGUACUCAGCACCAUCAUCCUCACCCUUACUGUCUGCCUCAGUGUCGGUAUGCUCAAACCACUUGCGGCGCACAACUCGUCCCAGUCUCCGCCGCUCCGCAAACGCCUGCACAAGUUGUUCCUCAAGAUCUUUCCACCCUCUUCGUUCUGUUGGUUUUCGUGUCCCACCUUUCCCCUCAUCCACCCGUCCGUGUUCUGCCAAGGAGAAUACUCCGAGCUUGAACUCAAUUGUUCGACAUCGUUUGGCUCUGGAAGGAGAGGCGGCUGGAGGGGGAAACCGACGCGGGGCAACUGCGAUGGGCUGUUUCCGGGGCCCUGGUCGAAGUUUGACCUUAACCGGUGA